AUGUCUGCCCUCCAAGCCUACCGUCACCUCAUGCGCGCCGCAAGAGUUGCCUUUGAUGGCGAUGCCCGCACCCUUACCGCCGCCUAUGAGUCUAUCAGCCGUGGUUUCCGCGAGAACCAGAACCUUCCCGCCAACGAUCCUACGAUUGCGCCCGCGAUUGCGCAUGCCGAGGAAGUUGCCAGCUUUUUGAGAUCCAAUGUCGUCCAGGGCCGCAAGGAGGGCGAGUCCUAUAAGCUACGGAUUCACCAGGACACCGAGCGCGGCGACAACGAUACCAUCAAGUUGGGUAACCAGAGUAUCAAGAUCGGCGAGGAGCACAAGUGCUGCUCGGCAUAA